AUGAAACCAUUCAUUCUUGUCGCAUUGACGUUUUUCAUCAUAUCCGUUCAAUGUUUGGACAAUAAGAAAAUGCUUGAUUUAGUCAAUGCCGAGCGUAAAAAAGCCGGCGCCAAACCUCUUAGUAUUGAUAAUCGUCUUUGUAAAGUAGCUGAAGAUCAUAGCAAAUAUAUGGCAAGCAUUAAUACUCUUACACAUGAUGAUAAAGCUGGAGAUAUGGGAACCAGAUAUAAACAACAUGGUUACGAAUAUUCUUGUGGUGGUGAAAAUGUUGCCGAAGGCUAUACUGACGAUGAAUCUGUUAUGCAAGGGUGGAUGAAUUCACCAGGCCAUAGAGCUAAUAUUCUCAAUCCUUCCUUCGAACAUGCUGGCUUUGGCCAGUCCGGCCAGGAUGAUACCAAAGGCAAGAAAGUUGUUCCUGUUGCUCCUCUUCCUAACUCUAAAUCGAACCUUCAGGAU